AUGUGGCCCGAAUGCACCAAGAAGGCCAAAUCUUCAACAGAAGAAGCCGAGAUCGCGCCCAGGCCAACUAUCAGCCCGCGGACGGAGCCCAUAACCCCAUAUUUGGACCCUACUUUACCCCUCGCGGGUGGGUUCGACCAAAGACCCGAGGACUAUCCCAUGAUGUGCGUCCACCACAGACCCAACCGAGCGAACACCCAUAGUCCUCCUCAUACGGUGAACCAGCAGCCGAACCCAUUAUCCAAACGGCAACAAAGGAAACAACGAGCGCUACAAAACAAACAAAAGCAACAACAGGAAAGAGAGCAGCAGCAAAGUCAGAAUGAGCAACGGGGCAAGAAGACGCGAAACCAGCGCAAACAAAAAAACAAAAAUCAAGGCCAGAACCACCAGAAGUCCCCCACUGCCCAGGGAGGCCAGGACGAGCAGCAUGAUCCAUGGGGAAACACAGAAGGACAAAAUGACCGAACUAGCAACCAUGGCGGAGAUGACUGGGGAAAUGAUGAAACCCCACGGGAUAAUCAGGACAAUACUGGGCAGAACGACAACAACAACGAUUGGGGCAACAAUUUAAACGACGACCAAGGAGGGCAGAGAAAUAGUGGAUCAGGUUCCCCACGACGAGGCUCAAGAGACAACCACAAUAGCUCACGGGAAAAGAGCCAUCGAUGGGACAACAGCCGCCCUGAGUCUCCAGAUCGAGCGUCAAGAAACGACGCGGAUUUCCUUCGCGGUAGUUGGGGCCAGAGUGACGAUGGCGCACAGCGAGACAGCCAUUCACGUAGCAAUCAUUCCAACGAAGACCGCAACCACCACGAUGGAUGGGGAGAUGACGAUGCGAAAAGUUACCACAAUAAAAGCAAACGUAACCACCAUACAUCCCCGGAUCCAGAGUCAAGAAAAGAAGCAGAUACCCGCAGUGAUUGGGGGCAGAAUAACAGCGGCAUACGGCAGAACAGCCCGCGACGGAGCAUCUAUCCCGACGAAGGCCGUAACCGCCACUAUGGACGGGGGGAUGACGAUACGAAGAGUUACCAGAAGAAAAAAAAAGGGAACCGUCAUGCGUCCCCGGAGCAAAAGUCAAGAGGCCGAUCAAGCCCCAACCGCGAUUGGGGACAAAAUGACCACGAGGAACGGGGGGAUCACGGCCGCAACAGAUCUAGGUCCAACUCCUGGAAACAUGCAGAAAACCGCCAUGGCGGUGGAAGUCCAACCUCAAUUCAAGAUGGCAAUGUGCACCGGGACAAGAAGAAGAAGAAGAAGAAGGAGCGCUGGCAGAUUGAAUUAGAGGAGAAUGAGAAGAUGCGUCAGAGCCGAGGCCGCUCGCGCGAACGUUCGGAUGCAGGAUGGGACAAUCAUUCAAUGGAGAUCAACGCAGACCCCAAAUUCGACAUAAAUAAUUUCAAACAUGAUCCUCUUCUGUUCACAGAAAAAGGCAUCCACAGGUAUUGCCCUGGUGGGUUUCACCCAGUCAUUCUCGGGGAUAAUUUCCACGAUGGCCAGUACACAGUGUACCAUAAGUUGGGCUUUGGUGAAUCUGCGACAGUGUGGCUUGCGGUAGAUAACACGACUUGGAGGGAUGGUGCCAAAUGGGUCGCUUUGAAGAUAUUGGCCGCGCAUAUCAAGGAGCCGAGGGAGAUUCGAAACCUGCAAUAUUUGAGGGACAAGUCGGCAGGUCUGCCGAAGAGGCACAGUAUUGUUACUAUGCUCGACACAUUUCUCAUCGAGGGUCCGAAUGGGACGCAUCAUUGCUUAGUGCUAGAAUUCGUUGGUCCCUCCUUCGAAUCGAUUGAACAAUCCUAUAUCGACUUCAACAACUACGGUCAUUAUCUCGAAUUCGAAAAUACUGAGUUCAAGAAAUCCGCUCGUUAUUUCGAAAUGGGAUAUUUUCCCACCAAUAUACUUACUCAUCGGCUUUUGAAUGCUGUGCAAUACAUGCACAGCUUGGGAUUGUGCCAUGGAGGUAUCAGUGGUGCAAAUAUCGCCCUCAAGUAUACCGACAUGCCACGCUUUGCCAAUAGCAAAGAACUAUUCGAGAUUCUCGGAUCGCCGCACGUGGUUUCACUAGAGCGCUGUGAUGGGAUGCCCCUAGGUAAAGGGCUUCCAAAAGAGAUAAUACAAAGUGCUAAGUGGACAGGAUUUAUUGAUGAUGACCCUUUUGAGAGUAUCCGUCUCAUUGGCUUUGGAAAGAGUUUCAUCCGCGGAGAGGAGCCAGAUAAGCUGAAGCAACCAGUCCAUCUUCGAUGCCCCGAGGCAAUCAUGGGAGAGAAGUUUGACCAUCGUCUUGAUCUAUGGCACACAGGGUGUUUUAUCUAUCAACUCGCAAUGCUGAAGCCCCUAUUCCCCGAUUCGCUUGACAAUUACGAAUACAUAAGGCACAUGGUUGGGGUUGUGGAAGACUUACCAAUCGAGUGGGAGUCAAAGCUGGAAGAGCUACGAUUGAUUUCUGAACGAAAUUCUGCACUAGAAAACGCCCCGACGACAGCCAUAUAA